CACAUGAUUUAUUUUGUAGAAGUUGCUUUAAUAUGGGCACUGCCAGCCAUCCUGAUUAACAAAUUGGUUUUCUAUUUGGUUUAUAAGAUUGGUGGAAAUCAUGAAUGUAUAGUUGAUGUAGCCUACUCUAUAAGUCAUUUAGUUGCAGGAGUAGUCUAUUGUAUUUUCUCAACUAUAUCAACUCCAGCAAGAAUUGUAAUAAUAUGUUUUAUAUUUUAAGAUUAAUAUUGUUCUUGUUGCAAUAUGGUCAUUAAGACUUGGUGGUUUCUUAUGUGUGACUAGAGUAUUGGUUGGAUUUAAGGAUGAGAGAUAUGAUAAUAUCUUUAGUGAAUAUAACGCAGAUAAAUUUAAGAAGGAUGUAAUGGUCUUCGUGUAAUUUAUGUUCUAAGGAUUGAUUGUAUUUGUAACAAGCAUACCAUUAUAUUUCUUGUUUCUAAAUGAUCUCACUUGGGAACCAGAUAGUUUUAAUGGUUUGAAUGUGAUGAAUUACAUUGCAUUAUCAAUCAUACCUUUCAGUAUUUGCUUUGAAGCAACUGCAGGUAAUUUUCAUUAAAAAAAUUUAGAUAUACAAUUAGAAAGAUUUAAGAAAUUAAAACAAUAAGGUUUGAUACCAAAAGAUGAAUUAAUGGAAACUGGACUUUGGAGAAAGAGUCGUCAUCCAAAUUUAUUUUUUGAUUUAGUAACUUGGUUCUGUUUUGCUUUGGCAGCAAUACAUGAUGCAAUAAGUGUUUGUGCUUUAAUUGGACCAGUUGCUUUAUUUUGUGUAAUGGAAUUUCUCACAACUCCAUUAACAGAAGCUCAUAUGAAAAAGAAAAGAGGAGAUCUUUAUGAAUAAUAUGUUGGUAGAACUAAUAAAUACUUGGUUAUGUGAU